AUGGCAUCCAACGUCCACGGCUUGGAAACGACUGGAGCGGACUCCGAAAAUUGGAAUCUAGCUGGUGCGGUACUGGCAGACGAAUCAUUUUCAAAACAAUUAGGAGAAGCUGUGAACCGAGUAGACAGAGCAUUCGUGAAGCUUCUUGUCGAAGAAGGCCGGAAAACCAUCACCAAGGAAACCUACAUCGAGGCACUGACAAAACAACUUGCAGUAACCGUUGAGAACAACAGCCCCGGAGAUUACGUUCUGCGGUUACUGCUCCAGGCAGGAGCACAAAUCGAUGCCCAGGCCGGUAACGGCCAGACAGUGUUGUUCUUCGCUUGCACCAGCGACAAAAAAGAUUCAGUAAAAGAGCUGCUGAAGUACAAGCCGGACCUCGGUUUGGUGGUCAAUGACGAGACGUGCCUCUCCAUUGCAGUCAGUAGAGGUUGCUCAGGAAUAGCCAUGAUGCUUCUAGACGCCGGCACAAACCCAUAUCACCAUACGACGAGGGAGGCAAAUCGAUAUCUUCUUCACGAAUGCGUGAAGCAUAAUCUGGAGGGUGUCCUGAGAAGUUUGCUCCUGUACAACAUUCAGAUUGAGGAAAUCGAUAGCCUUGGCCGAACUGCGCUCAACUGUAUCACGUCUGCGACGGGUGCCCCAAUAUUUGAACUCCUCAUAAACCGCGGAGCCUCAGUAAACACAGUAAAUCGGGAUGAAAACACGCCUCUCUCUUGA